AUGGUUUCCCCAGCAGAAGAUCAUCAGUGUGACCCAAAGUGCGCCAUCUGCGGAGGCGCACACCCGACGGCGGACCGCAGAUGCAGCCAGCGCUUCCAGGUGCCGUACAUCGUACGUCGGAGGCGGCGGCGCCGGCGGCGCGCCCGGGAGGCGCAAGUAGCUGCAGCAUCACGUGAUGCCAGUGUGGCAAGCGAGUCCCAUUCCCGGGGCCGGUCGGCAACGAGAGGGCGCUCCCGAUCCAGGGAGCGCUCCUGCAGCAGAGUGCGCUCCCGAUCCAGGGGGCACCCCGUCAGCAGAGAGCGCUCCAGUUCCAGGGGGCGCUCGCGCUCCAGUGUUCGCAUCCAGAAGGGGCCUACCUGGGUGGACAAGGUCACGGCGACGACUACUGGAAAGAAUGUAACGCAUGGUACACUGCCAGAGCAGACGGAGGAUCCGCGUCUUGAGGCUUUAAAGCAGCAAAACGCGCAGCUCAAGGCGGAAAUGCGUAAGUUGAGGGAAGACCUCGAAUUGAUUCGGAGAGCACAGAACGGUCAUGGCAGCACGUCGCCCGCACCCGCACUAAAACCAGUGCUAGGUCAGGCAAAGCGUAAAGCGCCCCCGCCCGAGUCGACUGAAGCUGCGGCGGAGCUGAUGGAGGAGGCGCCCGCGUCCGCUUCCACCCCCGCCGCGACCAUCAGCGAAAGAAUCGCUUGCGGAAGUCCUCGAUCGAUUAGCGGAGGCGAUUAG